GCAAAGACAUCCGUAAAACAUUUCCCAAUUAGCGUUACGUCCUCAGAAAUAACAUUCGGUCUGGCAAAGUUUGAAAAGUUUUCUGAGUUCUUGGAGCAUUUUAUGAACAGGCCAUUAAUAGGCGGCAUAGUUUUUACGGCACCGGUCUUGGUCCCCAAACACAAACAAGCAAACAAACAAACUGUGCUGGAGCCGACGGUUAUUAUCCACGGCGAGAUGAGUCCAACUUCGCCAACCAGCAAGAGCUCUGUGAGUGAUUUGCCGGAUUUGUCGGUCAAAACGGGGUUCCUAAUAAAACAGGGAGGACUUGUAAAGAAUUGGAAGGAAAGAUGGGUCGUUGCGGACUCGAAGGAUUUAAAGUACUAUCAAAGAGAGGAGGACUUCACGCCCAAGGGAACUAUCGACCUAAGGGAUUGUACGUGUUGCAGGAAGACAAACACACUUUCGGAGGCUUUUGGCAAAGAAAAUACAUUCAUACUGAUGACACCAUGGCGAACGUUUUUGUUUUCAGCGGCAACUGUCACGGAUAUGGAAUCGUGGGUGGCUUUCUUAAAAGAAAAACUCGUUAGUAGUUAA